UCGCCGCCAUGUCGCGCCGUCGAGACCUCCCAGGUACACCGCGACACCUCACCCAGAAACCGAUGAACUGCAGGCCACCACCCAUGAAGCCGCCGCGGGAGCACUAGUGAGCUGCUCCACAUUUAGUGAUUGACAGAGGUUGGGGAAUAUGCUCCGCCGGGAAUCCGCCGACAAGAUCCCAUCGGUGAGUCACCCAUUGACCCUCUUCUCCUGAUGUGAGUGCGGCACCAGGUGAGCGCCCUUGCAGUUCAAUGCAGCACCAGGUGAGCGCCCUGAGCUCGUUCUUGAAGCCCAUGGAAGAGGUGCAGAUUUGGGUUCCCAUUCUUGCUGACCGCUCGAUUGGCCUCCAUCUUCUGUUACUAUCCCUCUUACAAGCCAAGUACAUUUCGUUUCUGGCUCAACUAGCUCUCUUUUCACAGAUUUUCUUUAUUCUAGACACACGCCAGAGUACAUGGAGACCAAACGCUGAUUUGGGACGUUCCAAGCGCACUAUGUAGUUUACUGAUCUCUUAUUGCAAUUCGAUGUCUGAGUAAUAUAUUUGUCCGUUCACCCUAAAAAAUAUAGUAUAUUUAUGCUAGACAGAGGAACAGUAGUGAACAUUGCAGUAUAUGAAAACAAAGGUAGCAGGGGAUAGAAACAAAGCACGCCGGCUGGAUCCUCCUACACCUCCCUUUCCUGUGCUAGCUGGUCACGGAUCCGGCAAGAUCCUGCACCUCUCUCCUCCCAUGCCUUCCUGGAGAUGGAUAUGGCAUGAUCUUCCUGCAGCUCCUCCCUCUACGGUGGUGUCGAGCUCUCUGCCCUCCCUUUCCUUCUUCCUCCUCUCCCCUCUCUCCUUUCCUUCUUCCUCCUCUCCCCGCAAACUACCUCCGGCGAAGUCCAGUGCAUGUCCAUCCCCGGUGGCUCGCGUGCAGUUCGGCCAGCGAUGGCGUGCAGUAUGACGUACGACGGCAUGCAGUUCCGCGACCCUCACUGGCGUGCAGUGCCACCAGCGUGAAGUGCAGCUCGCCUUGGCGUGCAGUGCAGCUCGUCAAUGCAUGCGGAGAAAGGAUUUGUAUAUGAAGAGUGUCCAGCGUACUGUUAUCUGGAUGGGAAAGAAGCAAGAAUCGGUUGAUGAUGUUCCCUGUGGUAACACUAUUGCUUUGGUUAGUUUGGAUCAGUUCAUCACCAAGAAUGCAACCCUGACAAAUGAGAAGGAAGUUGAUGCCUGCCCAAUCUGGGCAAUGAAGUUCUCUGUGUCCCCUGUUGUGUCUGUUGUUGUUCAAUGCAAGGUGGCUUCUCAUCUUCCUAAGCUUGUUGAGGGUUUGAAGCGGCUGGCGAAGUCUGACCCUAUGGUUCUCUGUAGCAUUGAAGAGUCUGGUGAGCAUAUCAUUGCUGGAGCUGGAGAGCUUCACCUUGAAAUCAGUUUAAAGGAUCUGCAGGAGGAUUUCAUGGGUGGUGCUGAAAUUAUUGUUUCACCUCUUGUUGUCUCCUUCCGUAGAUAACUAAAAAGAAUGAUGGCCAAAAAAACGCAUUACACUUUUUAUGUGUAUGGGAGUUCGCUUUGAACUCUAUGGAAGCUCACUCGGGCUCAAGAACAAAUGCACGUAUCACGUGCCUUGUUUAAGAAUCAUAGCAAAAAGCAGUACAGUCAAACCCGUGUGCAGUUACUUGGUUGAUGCACUAC